AUGGGACUGCAAGUGCGUCGGCGGUUGCUGACCAAGGUGGGCCUGAGCAACGCGGUCGCCGACGUGUCCUCACCGGCGUGCUCGUCAGUGCUGAGCUGGUCUCGCGAUAGCCUGAGCAGCAGCAGCAGGAAUAGCUUUCCCGAUAACAGCACCGUGUCCACUGCGACCACACCAGAGGCCUCGGCGCACCGCCUUAAGGUCUUCAGCGCGGCCUUCAAAGUGUCUAAGGAGCAUUGUACUGUUCAAGAAAGUCUACCAUACGCUCUCUUUUCUAAAAAGUCUAGCAAUUAUUUCCUGGUGCAGUUGCCGAGCCCGCACUGCUGUGUCGCCAUUGCUGUCGAAUGUGCCCAUAUUAUCCAUGCCUUGCUUAUUUUGGCCGGUGAUGUUGAAACGAACCCCGGUCCUGACAUUCCUGAAAGCCUACUAACCGAAUUGCGAAAACUAACCGCUGGUCAGAACCAGCUGAUCACUGAAAUUCAGGGUCUUAAGUCGCAACUUACUUCUACCGACAAAGCAAUUACUGAUCUAAGCAAACGAAUGAACGACCUUGAGGGUCACUACCAGACGCUUUUGCCCAUUCGAAACGAAGUGGAUGCAAUGCGCACCACGACUGAGCAGGCUAUUUUUCGCAUUUCCGAGCUCGAAGCACGCAUCGACGAUGCCGAAAAUCGUUCACGGCGGGCUAACUUAAUUUUUUACGGCAUUCCUGAGCCUUCCUGCUCGGAAACCACUGCCGACUGCGAAAGAUUGAUUGUGGAUCUGUGCCGCGAUAAGUUGCAACUGAUGAUUGAUCCAAAAGAAAUAGAACGUGCACAUCGCAUCGGUCGUCACUCCCCCAAUCACUCUCGCCCCGUCAUAGCGAAAUUUACAUUCCAUAAAACCAAAGUAAACAUCCUUUCGAAUGGCCGAAGGCUUAAGGGCACUGACUACAGUAUUAGUGAGGACUUUUCUCGAUCAGUUGGAAAUUCCCGAAAACAUCUCCUUGCGUUCGCAAAAGGUAAAGGCGUUCCAUUUUCUCUGCGCUUUAAGACCUUGUUCAUUGGUUCAAGAAAAUAUACUUUUGAUGCCGCCUCGAGUAGUGUUAAAGAGGUGGCAUAGCAGCUACAUCACCCCAAACAGAAAAAUAACAUAACACCGACUUGCUGCAGAGAUAGCGCUUCGCUUUCUAUAAUAUACACCAACGUGCGCAGUUUCCUCCCAAAGCGUGAAUUGGUGUCUAACAUAGUCUUAUCAACCGGUAGUGACAUACUAUUACUAACUGAGACAUGGCUGAGCAGCGCCGUUACUGAUAGCGAAGUUCUAGCAGACCUGCCCGGUUUCUGCCUCUAUCGGAACGACCGCGAAGGAACCCGUGGUGG